CGCCAGCAUAGCGGCCGCAGUAACGGAAACCGGCUGACCAGGAAGUUCCGCCAGCAAACGACGGAAGAGUCCGCUCAUAGAGAUGGGUGGUAGAACGGCCCCGAGUGAUGUCACAAGCGCUUCCGGGUAGUGACGGAAGCAGAAGUUCGAGGACGGCGAGCGGGCGGGUGUUAUGGAGGAACCGGAGCGCCGGCGGCGCAGGAAGCGGAGCCCCCGCGGAAGCCGCUCGCCGCCCAGCCCGCCAGAGGAAGCCAGGCUGACUUCUAAAAAGAAGAGCAAGUCCUCGAAUAAACGACGCAAGAGGAGCCGAAGCCCCCGUCACGUGAUAAGCAAAAUAAAGCAGGAGCGACAGGAUCACUCUCGGAGGGGGCAUGAAGAGCGUCAACAUCGGGACCAUUCUGAUCUGGAGCACAGAUGGGGGAGAAGUGGAGAUAGAGACAGACAUCGAGACCAUUCAAGCCGGCGGAAACCCCAUAGAGAACGCCCUGGUAGCCAUGAAAGGGAAGCUGAUCAUUUCCAGGAGCAGCAGGCGCAGAGGGAGAUUUAUAAUGAGCGACGACGUGAACAUCGUCAGCAUAUGGAAGCAAGUGGUGAUGAGGAGAAUCGGAGCACGGGGAAACCUGGUAGUAAGAACACAGAAAAAGAAUCAGGGAAUAAGGAAAAACCAAGCUUUGAACUGUCUGGUGCACUUGUGGAGGACACCAACACUUUCCGUGGAGUGGUGAUCAAAUACAGUGAGCCCCCUGAAGCACGCAUCCCAAAGAAGCGGUGGCGCCUCUAUCCUUUUAAGAAUGAUGAGGUCCUUCCGGUCAUGUACAUUCACAGGCAGAGUGCCUAUCUGCUGGGCAGACACAGACGCAUUGCUGACAUUCCUAUUGACCAUCCCUCCUGUUCCAAACAGCAUGCUGUCUUUCAGUACCGGCUUGUGGAGUAUACUCGCCCUGAUGGCACAACAGGUCGAAAGGUAAAACCCUACAUCAUUGAUCUCGGCUCAGGUAAUGGCACAUUUCUGAACAACCAGCGCAUUGAAUCUCAGCGCUACUAUGAACUGAAAGAGAAGGAUGUCCUGAAAUUUGGGUUCAGCAGUAGGGAGUAUGUUCUCUUACAUGAAUCAUCGGACAAAUCUGAGGUGGACCAGAAAAAGGAUGAGAAUGAGGAAGAAAACGAAGAAUCAACAUGACAAUAGACUGGAAAGGUGGACAGAACUAUUCCUGCUGUGGAACUCGCAUCCUUGUUGUGAUGCCAGAGUCUCGCUACCCUUUUGUCUUUCACUGCCUUAAAGUCUGCUGUCUCUUGACUUUUUAUUUUAGGAGUUCUCUGUACACACGUGGCUUUAGUGGUGCUGGACUUUUGGGUAGUAAAGAAAAUCCCUGUUUUUAAGGUGGCUUUUGAUAAUCGAAAAGUAUUUUGGAUGCCACAUUGCCUGGCAGCUUUUCAGUGAAAGAUUUUGAAAUAAAACUUUGAAGCAACAAACUGUUGUGCAUACCACAAAGCUGCUGCUUUUCUCCCUCCUAUAAAUCCCAAACUUUUUUCUUUUGCUUGCAAACUACUAAGGUAAGUGUAGGGUCUUGAAAUAGGGAAAGCCAGAUGUUGCUCUGUAAUAGCUAUGUGUGUCUGAUUUAUUCAUAUGUUAAGUUGGGGAUUUGUAUGAUUUUUUUAAUGUAUUGUGUAGAAUAAGUUUUCAAAGAUACAGUUUGCAAUGUAUAUAUAAAGUAUUCUCAGUCUUCUCUCUGGCUUUGAGCUGGUUUCUGGGGCUCCUGUUCAUGAAUAUGUGAUAGAAUGGUAUUUUUUAACAAAACAUUAAGGAUAGAUUCCUUUGUACCUAAUGUUACCCGGAGGCAAAUGGUGCAUUAUGGUUUGGGAAUAGGAAAAGUUUAUCUCACUGAAUUGUUUUGUACCCUGGAGCCACUCAUUGUACAAUGCGAUUUGGUAUGCUUGGUUAUUAACUUUCUUACUACCCCCAUUUUCUGAGAGCACUUUGUAUUCACUGAAACCUUUUGUGUAUAUAUAUAUACACACAUAUAUACCUAGAACUAGGGUGUUUGAGCUAAAUUGCAAUUCUUUAAAAGUAGCAGAGUGGGAGGCUACAAGACAGCAGCAUCUUCUUUACUAUGCUUCCUCUUUUUAUUUGAAAUAAAAGAUUUGUAAAUUUAACGAA